UUUGCUUAUUAGAAAUAUUAAAUUAAGAUACUUGUGAUAUUUAGAGUCAAAAAUGUCGAAAACAAAUAUUGUUUUGUUGACUUGUUGGUUGCUGCUCCUAGUUUCAGUGCAUGGUAUUCCAUUUCUUGACAAUGAUAAUAUUUCAAGGCAACAAAAUAUGUUAUCUUUAACUGGGGGGAUCAAAUUAUCAUGGCACAUCGCAACUGAUGGCUAUCUUACAAUGAAUGUGGUCAUGCCUCAUCAAUAUACAUGGUCUGUGGUAGGCUUCCAUAAAAUGGAGUACGAGUCAUCACCUUCAGAAGAUUUGGCAUUUAUACAUCCAAGAAAGCGAAACAAAAUCAAAAUUUAUAUCAGGACAUUGACUUUUAACAGUGUUGGCGACAUCAUAAAAUCUCCAAGAAAUGUUUACAUCAAAAGCAAUCAAAAGAUAUCUGUUGAUCAAUAUGAAUUAACCCUCGAAAGAGAUUUGGGUGAUUUACCUUAUGGUCAACCUGUCAAGUUAAUUUGGGCUUAUGGUGAUGAAAACGGGGCAGCCAUUUUUAACGAUUUCAAAAGCAAAUUACACGAAGCUGUUGUGACGUUAAAUGAUCCAACCUCACUAAAACUGUUGCAGCCUACCACUACACCACAACCUGUUGAUGUCAAUUCCAUUGGUAUUUCGAAUGAAUCCGGACCAGUAAAAUCAAGUCCAGAAGCAACCGAAAUCCCAUCAGCAACCGAAGUACCACUAGCAACUAAAAUACCACUAAGCACUGAAUCAUCCACUCUAGCAAAUGAAAGCAGUGAAGUAAUGCCUGUUAUCGAUGAAAAAUCAAAUAUCAAAACUAUAAGUACUGUUUUAGUGAACGGAACAACUCCUUGUCCCACUAAGAAAUGCAAUUGUCCAGGAGCUGGACAUUGGUACGAAAAUAUCACGAAUAGUUUGUACAUGGCUAUCAUUGGCGCUUCAGCACUUUUCACUGGAAUGUUGACACUUUGUGUUGCGUGUUGUUGCGCAAGGAAAACUUCAAGGCUUCCUAAAGUGAGGAAACACAAAGUGGCGUUUUAUAAAGUGGAUGAUUUCGAUUCGGAUGCCGAAGAGGAAAUCGAAUUUCUCAGAGAAGAGAAAGCGAAGGCUUCGAGUUAAAACGAAUAAUCGAUGCAUGAAAUGUAAUGUGUUGUUUCGGAUAACUUUAAUAUUUUCUAUAUUUAUUUCUUGUCAUGUGCACCAACUGAAAAAACCAAAGUGUUUUUUUGCAGGAAUCUUAUCUAGGCAAAAAAUUCUGGAAGUUAAAUAAGCGAGCCUAAAAUCAGUUUAUUUGCUGUUUAAAUUUUCCAGUAUAAUUUUAUUUAUCAAAAGUUGUAAAUAUUUGUGUUGUAACUAAUUGCAUAAAUUUAUGUUUCGCAUAGAAUUUUUUUUAUUUUAAGUGAGAGUGACCACGAAUUUUUCUCUCUUGUGUAUUUUUCUACCUGCGGCUGCAUUUUUUUGUUACAAUUUAUUUAUGUCAGUUUUUUCUUCAUAAAUUUUGGAUGCGGUGUUUUUUAUAAUAAUAAAACGGUUUAAUUUA